CACGUGACUCUAUCUGAGUCACUCAGUAAGCUGGUUCAUUCACGUUUAGUUGUUUUGAAUUAAAAAUUUGUAAAUGAGAAUUGUGAAUAAACUUUUAUCCAGGUUUAAUCCUGUGAGCCAUUAUUUCAUAUCUACACCGAUAUUUUACGUUAAUGCAGAUCCUCAUAUUGGACAUGUUCAUUCACUGGUAGUCGCCGACGCUUUACAUCAUAUUGCCAAGUUAAAAGGGGCUGAGAAAACCAUUUUCUCAACUGGAACUGAUGAGCAUGGACUCAAGAUUCAAAGAGCAGCUAAAUCCCAAGGUUUUCAUCCUCAAGAAUUCUGUGACAAUAUUUCAAAAAGAUUCUCAACAUUAUGUUCAGCAUUUGAGAUUGGAAACACACACUUUAUACGGACAACUGAUGCUAGUCACAUAAAUGCUGUCAGUAAUUUUUGGACUGAAUUGUGUACUAAAGGUUUUAUCUAUAAGUCUAAAUAUGCUGGAUGGUAUUCAGUUUCAGACGAAACAUUUCUACCAUCUACUCAAAUCGAGGAGAAGAUCAUAGAUGAUAAAUUAGUUAAAGUCUCAAUUGAAUCUGGACAUGUCCUGGAAUGGGUCGAAGAAGAAAAUUAUAUGUUCAGAUUGAGCGAGCUACAAGAGCCUCUCUUAAAACUUUUUAAAUCCGGCAAAAUUACUAUCAAACCUGAUGUCUUUCAUCAACUAGUAUUAAGUUUGAUUGACCAAGGACUGCAUGAUAUUUCUGUGUCAAGACCAUCUUCAAGAUUAUCAUGGGGAAUACCUUUGCCUUCAGAUUCAUCUCAUCGAAUUUACGUUUGGUUAGAUGCUUUAGUCAACUACCUGACUGUUGCGGGUUAUCCUAACCUCUCGAAAUUCUGGCCACCUGAUUGCCAUGUCAUUGGUAAAGAUAUCAUCAAGUUUCACGCUAUCUAUUGGCCUGCUUUUCUGCUGGCUGCUGAUUUGGAGGUGCCUAAACAAAUAAUAUGUCAUUCGCAUUGGACCGUUGAUGGUGUCAAGAUGUCAAAAAGUCGUCAAAAUAUAGUGAAUCCAUUUGAUCUUCUUCAAACUUAUUCACCAGAAGCUAUUAGAUAUUUUCUCCUGAGACAAGCAGUCCCUCACGAUGACGGAAACUUUAGUGAGUCUCAAAUGCAGUAUUUCCUCAAUCUGGAUCUUUCUGAUACGCUUGGCAAUCUCUUGAGUCGAUGUUGUGCGCCUAAAAUUAAUUUUAAGCAAAUCUAUCCAGCUGCUCCAAGCACUCAAGUACUGGCUCAAUUUCCAGCGGAUGAAUUAAUAGAAAGUUUAUUUCCACUUGGACUGAAAGUAGAUAAGCUAUUUAGUGAAGCUCAAUUUCAUGAUGGAAUCGACCAAGUUUUGGCCUCUCUUCGAUUAGCAAACAAACUAGUAAAUGAUACAAAGCCAUGGGAACUUGUGAAAAAUCCAGCCCUUGAAGAAUACCUUCAUGGAGUUUUAUAUAUCACUUUUGAAACUCUCAGGAUAUGUGGUAUUCUAAUGCAGCCUGUGAUACCCAAAAUGGCAACAAAACUUUUAGACAGAUUAGCAGUGCCAAUUAAUCAAAGAUACUGGUCUGAUGCUAUUCCCUGCUUACCACCUAGCAAUUCAUCUACGGAACGCAGUCUAUGUGAUAAAGUAGAUUCUUUUUUAUUCCCAAGAAUCAGAUGAGACCAAUUCAUAUUUGAAAUUAGCCCAGAAGUUUUCAUAACUUUCAUACUGCGCUUACAGCUAUGCAAUUAAACUAUUUGCAUUAAUUGUGAUUUUUUCAAGUGGUCAAAUGAGUCUAAUCUGGUUAACACCUUACCUAUCCUUGAAAACAAAAAUGAGGCGACGAGCGGAAGUCAACCUGUUACAAAUGGCGACUACAAUUUUGAUGAAUUGGGAGAUGAUUAUGAUGAUCCUUUUAUUAAAAUAUUAAGAGACAAAUAUAAACCAGAACCACAACCAAUUGCAAUUAGAGACUCAAGUCAUCCGAAAGAUUUUUUUGUUCCGUCCAAUGUUGCACCAAUAUUUGUAUCUGAUGGUUUUUGAUUUUUGGACAAUUCAAAAUUAAUAUAAAAACCAAUUUCAAGGAAAGGCCAUUUAUUAAUUAUCAGCCUCUGAUGUGAAUCAACUCAAACCAGAUCAAGCGCAAUAGAAAUCACUGUUUAACCACAUUUUGCCGUCAAUGUGUUGACAUUUAACUCUAAAUUGUAACACUUUUCAAAGUCUGCAAUAAUUUUAUAUUCUAGAUGUCAAAGACAAAUUAACUAAGCUUCCCAAUCAGUGAAAUCCUCCCACCAUUUAUUGAAGAAAUUCAUUUUCUCCUCUCAAUUUUCAUAUUGUAACUCUGUGCCACAGAUUGAUAUUUACUAGAAAAAAUAGAAUUGAUUAUAAGCUAUCAAAUUUCGUCAAUAAACAUGAAUGUUUACAAUCA